UAGCGCUCGUUUUGGAAGUUUUGUUCAUCAGCUGACUUUCGGUAAAGAUGGUGACCAGCACUGUUAAUUGAUAACAUGUAGUAUUUAGUACUUUGCCUUCCACAUAAUAACUGUGAAAGACGAACUGUUUUGAUGAAAGUUGACACUAAUAUUGAAUUCAACCGACUUCCCGAAAUUCUGUGCAGUUAAAUAUUUUCUCUUUGUGACAAAACUAUUGCAUUUGUACCAACCAUGAUAAGCUUAGGAGCUUACGAAUAUAAUCCAGCAGAUGUUCUGGGUAAUGGGGCAUUCGCUAUUGUGUAUAAAGGAAGAGUUAGAAACAAUCCAGAUGAACUCGUUGCAAUAAAAAUUAUGUUAAAAGAUCAGAAUGUCUUAAAAUCAAAGACGCUUCUUAGCAAAGAAAUAUGUGUUCUGAAGGACCUAAAUCAUGAAAACAUUGUACGACUUUAUGAUCAUAGCAUAUCCAGCAGUGGAGUAUAUUUAGUGAUGGAGUAUUGUAAUGGUGGUGAUCUCUCUGAAUAUCUACAAGCCAAGCGCACCUUACCGGAAGAUACAAUCCGUCACUUUCUGAUACAGAUUGGUUCAGCUAUGGAUGCUAUGAACCGGAAAGGUUUCAUGCACAGAGAUUUAAAACCGGGUAAUAUCUUGCUCAGUCACUGCAGGGACUGUGGUCAACAUGUUACAGCUAUUCCUGGUUACCUUCUCUCCUUCAAGCUAGCUGACUUCGGAUUUGCAAGGUUCUUACAAGAUGGAAUGAUGGCAGUGACAAUGUGUGGAUCACCAAUGUACAUGGCUCCUGAAGUCCUAAUGUGUCGUAAAUAUGAUGCAGUUGCAGAUAUCUGGAGUAUGGGUAUUAUUGUCUACCAGUGUUUAACUGGUAAAGCGCCAUUUUACGCGAAUACACCUGAGGCGCUGAAAAAUAUUUACGAGAAGACAGCUUGUCUUAGACCAAAAAUUCCUGUCACAACCAGCAAGCCACUGCAAGAUUUACUGUUGAAAAUGCUUAAUCGUAAACCAUCUGAAAGAAUUGAUUUUCAGAGCUUUCUCAACCAUCGAUUUCUGCAUCAACGUCAUUUUGAACCUAGAGGGCGAAGAGCUGGUUCUGGUCCAGAAUCUUCGACACCACGAUCAUCAUCAUCAGCAGCAUCAUCUAUUGCUCCUACACUGCCUAGUCGUAAUCGACCACAAGUUCGCGGUUCUGGAAUUACAGUUCUUGGUCAUGGCACAGGUGACGGUCCGUAUUAUUUAACGCCACAAGAUGCUAAUCGUGCAAGAGAUAAAACACCACAAGGCAAACCAUCACCUAACAGUUCUAAUGAUAAUCGUGAAUGGAACAAUCCAGCGAAUUGGAAUCCAAAUACUACUACACCAGUAAAUCAGUUGAAUAAACCAUCACAGUUAAGAAAAACCUCUUCACCACCAACACCAACUGAUUUUGACGCAUAUUAUUCACAUCAAACUGGAGAUCAUAAUCUACCACCAGCGCCGAACUAUCAUCCUGCUGAUGAUGUUGUAGAUGUUGACGAUGUUGACAAUGAUGGUAAUGUUGGCUAUGGUCUAGAUGAUAUUGACGAUGAAAUGACUAAAACUACAGUGGAUGAAUAUAUUGAAGAUGAUUUAGACGCGUCAAGUUCAUCACCACCAAACGAUCAUAAUAUUAAUAAUAUUAAUAAUCUACCUAGAAUAAUGCCACCACCAUCUUCAAUGAAACAACCGCCUGAUCAUCAUCCUCCUCCUGUGCAUUCUCAUCAUCAACAUUCUAGUCCUAAUCAACACCAACAGUAUGUAUCGAAUAAUUAUCGACCUAGUGGUGGAGGUGUUAUAGAUCCUUCUCAUCAGCUGCAGCAUCAUCAACUUCAACAACAACAGCACCAAAGACAAACUGCCUAUAGAGGUAGUUGUUCUCGAUUGGAUCCACGUGGUGGUGUAUGCAUGAAUACAGCAGAGAUGGAAUAUGGUGAGCCACCGUUUGAAGAUUAUGUUAUUGUUAAUUCAGAUGGUUCAGAAGUACAACGUGUUGUUGAUCGUGAACGAUUUCGUCAACAAAGUCAUUUAAUGAAUGAUCAUCAUCCGGGAUCACAGAUCAGUAAUAUCAGUAGAAUUGUUCGAAAUCCUGCCUCAUAUCUUACAAAUCCUAAUGUACAACGAAGAGGUAUACCAGAUAUGGGACCACUUCCAGAUGUAACUGCUGGUACAACUGUCAGUGAUGCACGAUAUCGUCAAGGCACAGAUGACAGUCAUAAUAACACGUGUGAAAUUCCUUCAAACAUGGGAAAUAUUAAUAAUAAUAACAACAAUAGCAGCAAUAAAUUAGCAGACAGAUAUCAUCAUCCGGCACCAAUGGAUUCUCGUUGUUCUCCUACCAAUCAUAAAUAUACCACUCGGCCUAUAUCAGAACCGAUAAGAGGAUCAAAUGAUUAUGCAAAAGAGAAGUUUCCUGGAGGUCAAAUCAUUGAAGGACACUUCACCGGGAUUUCACAACCUCCUGUACUAGAACCUAAAAUAUCCUAUAUGGAACCUGUGAUAAGCAAUGUAACUCUUGGCGCAGCUGCAGCUCCAUUACGUCAGCUUAAUUAUCAGGCUAAUGCAAGACAACAACAACAACUGGUUCAUCAUCCAUCAGGGUUUCAGGCUAUGACUACUGUUCAAGGCGGAGAUGUUGUCUAUCCUGUUGUAACUAAUCCUAAUUUUGCUACCGGUAGAAAUUUCGAAAAUGACUUCACGUCUGGUGGUGGUGGCUUAUGGGAAGCUGCUGAAUUUUCCGAUGAAAUUUUAAUGGAGCCGGAACACAAUGAAGAAAUUAAAAAAAUCACAAUGGUGUUAGAAUUAUGCGAAUUAUUAGCUGAAUUAGCUGAACGUCGAGCAUCAGCACUAGCCGAUUGUACUCCAACGCGUGUUGAAACUACUACUACUACUACUACUACUCCUACUACAACCACUGAAGACGGGAUUACUGCCGCCACUACUCCUACUCCUACUACGACUGACACAGAUCCUUCUAAUAAUAAAUCACCGCCAAUGAAUUCUGAUAAUCUACAGGACAAGUCGUCGAUAAAUAGUGGAAGAUCUGAUAGCAUCAACAAUCCAUGUCUUGAUGGUGAACAACAACAUACUGGUGACAAUGGACAUUCAGAAAUGAAUAAAACAUCAACUGCACUUAAAUUUGUUUCUGAAGCUCAAAGAAUUGUUGAACAAAUUGUACUCUAUCGACGAGUUCUCUACUAUUUGGAGUAUGUAUUUGAUCAAGUGAAAAAAGCUUUUCAAAAUGGUCGAUUAAAGUCUACAGCGACUGCACGAAGACGUUUGAUUGAUUGUAAUACUCUGUAUCAUCGUUGUUAUAUACGAUUACGACAAUUGGCUAGACAAUCGCAUCGUGAAGAUCUGAUUGAACCAGUCGGUAGACUUUUAGCUAAUAUUACCGCUAAUCGUCUUAUCUUUCAGUAUGCAUUGGAUCAGUGUUAUGCCGCUGAAAUGGAUGAAUAUAUUGGUGAAAUUGCAUUGUCUCUUCAAAGAUACAAAGCUGGCAUCACCUUAAUCCAUGGUCUAUGCCAACAUGCUAAAUCACAAAGAGACAAGACCCUAUUAGCUGAUUGUAUGCGCCUGCUGAGAGAUCGUUAUGCUUGUCUAUGGUCAACUGCUACAAAACCACUGAAUCCACAAACUGAUCGAACAACAACAGCCUUAUGUUCAAAUAAUCCUACAAAUCUCCUAAUUCCUGACGCCGGUGGUUGUGGUGGUACAGUUAAUUUUGGUAUAUCUGUGGGUGGGGGUGCAGCAGCAGCAGCGACUCUAACUAAUGGCACAACAAUGCCGACAUUACCUUUACGCUGAUGUUAUUAUUAUUAUUCCUCACACAGUACAUUGUAUAAUUUCGCCGUAUAUUUCACAUUUUUCGUUCAGAGUGUUUAAUAAUUGAGUGGUGUUUUGCGCUUUUUCAUCACUUUAUCGCUUUGUCUUAUUCCAUCUUUGCGUAUUUAUUAUUUGCAUAGUAGAAAGUUGUUUCUUACGGGAGAAAAAUGGCAGCAAGAUGUGAAAGACUGUGAGAAAAGGGGUGUGGGUGGGUUGCCGACAGGAGCAAUAGACAUCGUGUCAACCGUUGUGUUCAUUUCUUCAUUCUCUUCGUGUUCUCCGUCUUCAUUAUUCCACCAUUUUUACAAUACUCAAUUUUAUCUUGACUACUAUAAAUUAUCAUGUACAAAUUCAACUACAUUAAAUAAUAAUAAUAAGAUCACACCACACUCCAUUCUCCGUUUUUCUUCUUUUUUUUGUCUUUUUUGUUUAGUAUUUCACUCUCGAUCAAGAUAUCACUACAUCACAUACUACUGAGUUUUCAUUUCUUCGGUUUUUUUCAGUAAUAUCACGUUAUUUUUGUUGUUUUUUUAAUACUAAUAACAAUAAUGAUAAUAAUUAUAAUUAUGCGCCAUGGAUUAGGAUUUCUCCCCCCCUUUCUUUCUUUUUUUCUUUUUGAGCUUUCUUGUAUAUCCUCACAUCUCAUAUGACUUAAUUUAUACGUUUGUGUUUGGUUGUAUCCUCCUCUUUUCGAUUUAUUCAUGCUGAAUAUGUUUCGUUAUUUCUGUCUGCGGGUGUCUGUGUGUGUGCGUGUUGGUCUGAUCGGUAGUCUUGCAUUGUUUGUUUUUUGUUUUUACCUUUUCAAAGUUGGCGCGGAUUUUAAUCUUUGCAUGUUAUGCAUGUUGUCUAAUAUAGUCGUUGUGAAAACUAUUACUAAUACUACUGAUAUUUUUCUUAUUAGUAGUAUUAGUAUUACUACGAACGAUGAUUAUGUUGACGAUCAAGGGGAAGAAAAUCUGAGAAUGAACCUGGUGGUAUCAUUGUAUUAUAUUAUAUAUAAAAAUAAACAUGCAUAUAUAUAUAUAUUUAUGAAAAUAGAACCCACGUCUUUGUUGGUGAUGAUGGUACGGUGUUUUACUUUAAAAGCAAACCUUAGACUUCUAUACAUUUCUCCUCUUUCUUCUUAUAACUUGUGUUACGUAAUACCUUUUCAUUGAAAUAAGACAACUACUGGAAUGGGAUUACAUCAUUAUUAUUAUGUUGCUUCUCGUUUAUUUGUUCCGUUGAGAGGAGAAAUAAAAAGGAAGUAAUUCCAACUAAUGACUGACUUAACUGAUGGGUUUGUUGUUCAGGUACGUAG